AUAGUCUUGAUUUGGUAUUGACUCUGGGGUUUCUGAACAACAAAGUCAGAAGGACACUUUGUCCUAUGAAGUGUCUAGUGGCUCCAGAGUAUGCUGAUAACAAUUCUGGUCUCAUCCUGAUCAACAAUUUGCUGCUACAUCUUUCUGGGCAGACUAUUCUUUGGUUUGCUGAAUGAAAGAAGGGCUAUUAUUAUCAUUACCUGGGAAAAGCCGAGCAUUUUAAUGAAUUUGGAUUGCUGGGGGCAGUAAGAUGGCUCGGUGGAUUAAGAACCAGACCCAGAGCUCCGAUUCAAAUCUGACCUCAGAGACUUUCUAGCUGUGUGACCCUGGACAAAUCACUUAACCACCAUUGCCUAGAUCUUUCAGCUCUUUGGCCUUGGAAUCAAUACAUAGUGUUGAUUAGAAAAUGGGAGGGGCCCUUUCAUGAGGACUGAGGCAGGAGCUGCUGCUGAGAGCCUCCCGACAUGACAUCCGCCACUGAGUUUGACAACCUGGGCAUCCAGCAGUACAGCAGGAUCAACGCCCGCUGGGACUCCCCAGACAAUGAGUUGGACAAUGACAAUAGCUCCGCCAGGCUCUUUGAGAGGUCUCGGAUCAAGGCCCUAGCAGAUGAGCGAGAAGUAGUACAGAAGAAAACUUUCACAAAAUGGGUGAAUUCACACCUGGCACGUGUGUCUUGCCGUAUUGCUGAUCUCUACAAGGACCUGCGGGAUGGAAGGAUGCUCAUCAAACUUCUGGAGGUCCUCUCAGGAGAGAUGCUGCCAAAGCCUACCAAAGGGAAGAUGCGAAUUCACUGCCUGGAGAAUGUCGACAAAGCCCUGCAGUUUCUCAAGGAGCAGCGAGUACAUCUGGAAAACAUGGGUUCUCAUGACAUUGUAGACGGCAACCACCGUCUUGUCCUGGGUCUCAUAUGGACUAUCAUUCUUCGCUUCCAGAUCCAAGACAUAGUUGUUCAAACUCAAGAAGGGCAGGAGACUCGCUCUGCUAAGGAUGCCCUACUACUUUGGUGUCAAAUGAAGACAUCAGGCUAUCCCCACGUCAAUGUCACCAACUUUACCUCUAGCUGGAAGGAUGGUCUGGCCUUUAAUGCCUUGAUACACAAGCACCGGCCAGAUCUGAUUGACUUUGAGAAACUGAAGGACUCUAAUGCCAGGCACAACCUGGAACAUGCUUUUGAUGUGGCAGAAAGGCAACUGGGCAUCAUCCCACUCCUUGACCCAGAAGAUGUCUUCACAGAGAAUCCUGAUGAGAAAUCCAUUAUUACUUAUGUGGUGGCAUUUUACCAUUAUUUCUCCAAGAUGAAAGUGCUGGCUGUGGAGGGCAAACGUGUUGGCAAGGUCAUUGACCAUGCCAUAGAGACUGAGAAGAUGAUUGAAAAAUACAGCGGGCUGGCUUCUGAUCUGCUUACCUGGAUUGAGCAGACGAUUACUGUCCUCAACAGCCGCAAAUUUGCUAACUCCCUGAGUGGGUUACAGCAGCAGUUGCAAUCUUUCAGCACCUACCGUACUGUGGAGAAGCCACCCAAAUUUCAAGAGAAGGGGAAUCUGGAAGUCCUACUUUUCACCAUCCAGUCCAGGAUGAGAGCCAACAAUCAGAAAGUGUACACACCACACGAAGGGAAACUUGUGUCUGACAUCAACCGGGCUUGGGAAAGUCUGGAGGAAGCUGAAUAUCGGCGAGAGCUGGCCUUAAGGAAUGAACUUAUUCGCCAGGAGAAAUUAGAGCAGUUGGCUCGGCGCUUUGACCGCAAGGCUGCGAUGAGGGAGACAUGGCUUAGUGAGAACCAGCGCCUAGUCGCCCAGGAUAACUUCGGUUAUGACCUGGCAGCUGUGGAAGCGGCCAAGAAGAAGCAUGAGGCCAUCGAGACCGACACUGCUGCCUACGAGGAGAGGGUGAAAGCCCUGGAGGAUCUGGCCCAGGAGCUGGAGAAAGAAAACUAUCAUGACUUGAAGCGCAUCAAGGCGAGAAAGGACAACAUCCUGCGUAUGUGGUCCUACUUGUUGGAUCUGCUGCAGUCCCGGCGCCAGAGACUGGAGAUGACCCUAACCCUUCAGAAGCUCUUCCAAGAUAUGCUUCACAGCAUCGACUGGAUAGAUGAGAUCAAGGUUCACCUCCUGUCCUCUGAGUUUGGGAAGCACUUGUUGGAGGUAGAAGAUCUGCUUCAGAAGCACAAGCUGAUGGAAGCUGACAUUGCCAUCCAGGGGGAUAAAGUGAAGGCAAUCACAUCAGCUGCUCUCCAGUUCACCGAUGGGAAAGGUUAUCAGCCUUGUGACCCCCAAGUCAUCCAGGAUCGAGUCAGCCACUUGGAGCAGUGCUUUGGAGAGUUGAGCUCAAUGGCAGCAGGGAGGAAGGCCCGGUUGGAGCAGUCCAAGCGACUAUGGAAGUUUUUUUGGGAGAUGGAUGAAGCAGAGAGCUGGAUCAAAGAGAAGGAGCAAAUCUAUUCCUCACUGGACUACGGCAAGGACUUGACCAGUGUAUUAAUCUUGCAGCGCAAGCACAAGGCUUUUGAGGAUGAGCUACGGGGACUAGAUGCCCACCUGGAGCAGAUGAUGAAGGAAGCAGAGGAGAUGGUGGCCCAAAAACAUUUUGGUCACCCACAGAUUGAGGCCCGCAUCCGGGAGGUGUCUGCCCUGUGGGACCAACUGAAGGAGCUGGCUGCCUUCCGUAAGAAAAACCUCCAGGAUGCUGAGAACUUCUUCCAAUUCCAGGGGGAUGCCGAUGACCUAAAGGCCUGGCUGCAAGAUGCUCACCGCUUGCUGUUGGGAGAGGAUGUUGGCCAAGAUGAAGGGGCAACCCGGGCCCUGGGAAAGAAGCACAAAGACUUCCUGGAGGAGCUGGAGGAGAGUCGAGGGGUGAUGGAACACCUAGAACAGCAAGCCCAGGGCUUCCCACAAGAAUUCCGAGAUUCUCCUGAUGUCAACAACCGGCUCCAGGCUCUUAGGGAACUUUACCAGCAGGUGGUAGCCCAGGCUGACCUGCGUCGGCAGAGGCUGCAGGACGCCCUAGAUUUAUACACUGUAUUUGGUGAGACGGAUGCCUGUGAACUGUGGAUGGGGGAGAAGGAGAAGUGGUUGGCUCAGAUGGAGAUCCCACACACUCUGGAGGACCUAGAAGUGGUACAGCACAGGUUUGACAUUCUGGACCAGGAGAUGAAGACACUGAUGACUCAGAUUGAUGGGGUGAAUCUUGCUGCCAACAGCCUGGUGGAAAGUGGCCACCCACGUAGUGGAGAAGUGAAGACAUGUCAGGAUCAUUUGAACCAAAGAUGGGAGGCAUUCCAGACCAUGGUGUCUAAGCACCGGAAAGCGGUGGACUCUGCACUCAGUGUACAGAACUAUUAUGUGGACUGUGAGGAAACAGGCAAGUGGAUUCUGGACAAGACAGAGGUAGUAAAGUCAACACAGGAUCUCGACCAGGACCUAGCAGGAGUGAUUGCCAUCCAGAGGAAACUGUAUGGGAUAGAGCGGGAUGUGGCUGCUAUCCAAUCCCGGGUAGGUGCCCUAGAGUGCGAGUCCCAGCGGCUGAUCCAGGAGCACCCGCAAUUGAAGGAGGACAUUGGGAGGAGGCAGGCUCAUAUUGAGAAGUUGUGGGAGCAGUUACAGGAAGCCCUGAAGAGCCAAAAAGCAUCCCUAGGUGAAGCCAGUAAGCUGCAGAAGUUCCUGCAGGACCUUGAUGACUUCCAGGCUUGGCUGUUCAUGGCACAAAAGGUUGUAGCUUCAGAAGAUGCACCUAACUCCCUGCCAGAGGCUGAGCAGCUCAUCCAGCAGCAUGCAGCCAUCAAAGAAGAGAUUGAUGAACACAAAAAUGACUACCAAAAUGUCAAGGAUUCUGGUGAGGAGGUGAUCCGGGGCCCAGAGUACCAGCCUCUGAGGCAGCGACUUGAAGGUGUGGACACAGGCUGGGAUGCCCUCUGCAAGAUGUGGGAGAACCGGGGCCAGUUCCUUGUCCAGUGUCUUGGCUUCCAGGAGUUCCAAAAGGAUGCCAAACAGGCAGAAGCAAUCCUGAGUAAUCAGGAAUACACUCUUGCUCACCUGGAACCUCCGGAUUCAUUAGAAGCUGCAGAAGCUGGGAUCCGUAAAUUUGAAGAUUUCUUAGUGGCCAUGGAUAAUAACCAGGAUAAGAUCUUGAAAACUGUGGCCUCCGGGAACGAGCUUAUCAAUAACGGGAACAUCUAUUCUGACAAGAUCAAGGAAAAAGUGCUGCUGAUUGAGGACAGGCACAAGAAGAACAAUGAGAAGUCCCAGGAGGCAGCAAUUCUCUUGAGAGACAACUUGGACCUUCAGAACUUCCUACAAAACUGUCAGGAGCUCACCCUCUGGAUCAAUGACAAACUGCUAUCAUCUCAAGAUAUUUCCUAUGAAGAAGCACGAAACUUGCAUAACAAAUGGCAGAAGCAUCAAGCAUUCAUGGCAGAACUGGCUUCCAACCAAGGGUGGCUGGAGAAAGUUGAUAAGGAGGGAAGGCAGCUCAUAGAAGUGAAGCCACAGUUCACAGAUGUCGUGACCCAGAGGCUGAAGAAACUGCACCGACUCUGGGACGAGCUGCAGGCCACCACACAGGAGAAGGCCCAGCACCUCUUUGCUGCCAGCCGCUCAGACCUACAUGCCCAAACAUACGCUGAUCUCAACAAGUGGAUCAGUGCCAUGGAGGACCAGCUGCGGUCUGAUGAUCCUGGCAAAGAUCUGACUAGUGUUAACCGCAUGCUGACUAAGUUGAAGAGAGUAGAGGAUCAAGUGAAUGUGAGGAAGAAGGAGCUGGGAGAGCUGUUGUCCCAGGUGCCCCCAGUCGGGGGUGAAGGGGAUGGUACAGAGCCAAGCAUUGAGAAGCGCUUUUUGGACCUUCUGGUGCCUCUGGGUAAAAGGAAGAAACAGCUGGAGUCCUCUAGAGCCAAGCUGCAGAUCAACAGAGAUAUAGAGGAUGAGACGCUCUGGGUGGAAGAGAGGCUGCCACUUGCCCAGUCAUCUGAUUAUGGAACUAACCUACAAAGCGUGCAGCUGCUCAUGAAGAAAAACCAGACACUACAGAAUGAAAUUGUGGGCCACACACCCCGGAUAGAGGAUGUAUUGCAUCGAGGGCAUGAGCUGGUGGAGGUGGCUGAGAUAGACUGCCAAGACAUUGCAGAGCGCCUGGGGCAUCUACAGGACUCGUGGAAAUUGCUCCAGGAUGAGACCACUCUACGGCUCCAACGGCUACAGGAAGCCAAUGAAGCUCAACAAUACUACUUGGAUGCUGGGGAGACAGUGGCCUGGAUCAGUGAACAGGAACUUUAUGUGAUCUCCGAUGAGACUCCUAAGGAUGAAGAGAGCGCCAUUGUGAUGCUAAAGCGGCAUCUAAGGCAGCAACGCUCAGUUGAGGACUAUGGGAAGAAUAUCAAGCAGCUGGCUGGCCGGGCUCAGAAACUUCUGUCUGCUGGCCACCCUAAAGGGGAACAGAUUAUCCGACUUCAGGGAAAGGUGGACAAACAGUAUGCUGGGCUGAAAGAUAUGGCUGAAGAACGGAAGCGCAAGCUGGAAAACAUGUAUCAUUUGUUCCAGUUGAAGAGAGAGGCAGAUGACUUGGAACAGUGGAUUGCAGAAAGGGAGGUGGUGGCCUCUUCCCAAGAAAUGGGGCAAGAUUUUGACCAUGUCACUUUGCUACGGGACAAGUUUCGUGACUUUGCUCGGGAGACCGGGGCAAUUGGGCAGGAGAGGGUGGACAAUGUUAAUUUGAUUAUUGAGCGGCUCAUUGAUGCUGGCCAUGCUGAGGCUGCCACCAUUGCUGAGUGGAAGGAUGGACUGAAUGAGAUCUGGGCUGACCUCCUUGAGCUCAUAGACACCCGAAUGCAGCUGUUGGCUGCCUCCUAUGAUCUGCACCGCUAUUUCUACAUGGGAGAAGAGAUCCUGGGGCUGAUUGAUGAGAAACACCGAGAGUUGCCUGAAGAUGUGGGACUUGAUGCCAGUACUGCUGAAUCCUUCCACCGUGUUCACACAGCUUUUGAGCGAGAAUUACAUCUCUUAGGAGUGCAGGUGCAGCAGUUUCAGGACGUGGCCACACGCCUGCAGACCGCAUAUGCUGGGGAGAAGGCUGAUGAGAUCCAGAGCAAAGAGCAGGAGGUGUCCACCGCAUGGCAAGCACUCCUGGAUGCCUGCGCAGGGCGCCGGACCCAGCUGGUGGACACGGCAGACAAGUUCCGCUUCUUCAGCAUGGUCCGGGACCUCCUCUCCUGGAUGGAAAGCAUCAUCCGGCAGAUAGAAACCCAGGAAAAGCCCAGAGAUGUAUCCUCUGUGGAGCUGCUUAUGAAGUAUCACCAAGGCAUCAAGGCAGAAAUUGAAACCCGGAGCAAAAAUUUCAGCACAUGCCUGGAGCUAGGGGAAUCGUUGCUUCAGCGGCAGCAUCAGGCUUCUGAAGAGAUCAAGGAGAAACUGAAUCAAGUAAUAUCAAGAAGGCAGGAGAUGAUGGAGAAAUGGGAGGACCGCUCAGAGCGGCUACGUCUAUUGCUGGAAGUCUGUCAGUUCUCUCGGGACGCUUCUGUGGCUGAAGCAUGGCUGAUUGCCCAGGAGCCUUACCUGGCCAGCAGAGACUUUGGACAUACGGUGGACAGCGUGGAGAAACUUAUCAAGAGACACGAGGCCUUUGAGAAGUCCACAGCUCCCUGGGCUGAGCGAUUUGCUGCCCUGGAGAAACCCACCACGCUUGAGCUGAAAGAACGCCAGACUCCAGAGAGACCCACAGAGGACAGUGGGGCUCAGGAGGAGGAAGGCGAGACAGCUGGGGAGCCUCCUCGGAGUCUCCAUCGGGUAGCUACUGAAAGAACAUCACCGACACAGGAAGAAGACAAGCAGAGGCAGCAGCCACAGGAGAAGAAAACUGGCAGAGAGGACAAGUUGACUCUUGAACCUCUCUUCAAAGUUCUGGAUACACCUUUGAGUGAGAAUGAGGAGACAGCAACGACCCUGCCUGCCCAGCUGGACCGAUCACACAGCAUGCAGAUGGAAGGCUAUUUGGGCCGCAAGCAUGACCUGGAGGGGCCCAACAAGAAGGCCUCCAAUAGGUCCUGGAACAACCUCUACUGUGUGCUCAGAAAUAAUGAGUUGACAUUCUACAAGGAUGCUAAGAAUUUGGCCAUGGGGGUACCAUAUCAUGGGGAAGAGCCUCUGGGUCUGAGGCAUGCUAUUUGUGAGGUUGCUGCUGACUAUAAGAAGAAGAAGCAUGUCUUCAAGUUGAGGCUGAGUAAUGGCAGUGAAUGGCUUUUCCAUGGCAAGGAUGAGGAAGAGAUGCUCUCCUGGCUUCAGGGUGUGAGCACAGCUAUCACUGAGUCCCAAAGCAUCCAAGUUAAGACCCAGAGUCUCCCCCUUCCCUCCAUCGCCAGCACAGACACCAGCCUUGGAAAGAAGGACAAAGAGAAGAGAUUCAGCUUCUUCCCCAAAAAGAAAUAGCUACUUUUCCUACUCCUUUGUGGGAUGGGGGCAGGUGAAGGAGAUGUGAAGGGUCCACCUUGGGCUCCCCACCCUAUUGGACAAUAUUGAUUCUGCUCAGGAUGUUCAGGGCAGAGGCCCCCAGCCCAGGCCAACCAAUGUUUUCCUCACCCCUCACCCCCACAAGCUUUACUUCAGCCACAAUCCACUAGCCACUACCCAACUAAUUCCUUCUUCCUCCUCCCCUGUGCUUCCCCCAACCCUUUAGGUCCAGCCUUUGUCUGUAGCCCAAUCCAUCCCUGGGUGGACAAAGGAUCAGUCUCAGCCUGAUACUAAGGGAGAGGAACAAGCUGGACUGAACUAGAACAGCUUGGAGAGUGACUUCCAUUCCCUCUCAGCACUAACACUGAACUACAUAAGGGCCUUUCACCUCAUCCCAUGUCAGGGUCCUGGGGUUACUGCCAACCUUUUGAGGGCAAAGCCGGGAUUGCAUUGGGGACUCCUUGAUCACUAUCCCUUUCUUCUAAUUUAGGAUAGGUCCACUCUCCAUUGCUCCCAGUACCAAUCCCCUGCCUCACUUGGGACCCCCACUCUCUGAAAUAGGAAGAGAUGGUUUCUUGGGAUUCAAGACCUGCCCCAAGGUGGGGGAAAGGGUUCUGUAUAGGGCAGAUACCUUUCCCCUUCCAGGUUUCUAAAGCUUGGAGGAGGGAGGCCUUCCCUUCACCUUAAUCAGACACUUAUCUAUCCCAUGUCUUUGAGCUGUGUAAGAGUUCAUCAGCCCCACCCUCUUCUCUAGGAUGAAGGCUCUUUUACUAGGUCUCACACACUUUCCACUUCCUCUUGCCCCCAAGCAACCUUUGGCUUGACUGCUAUCUCACCCCCAAUCACCUUUCCAAUGGUGGGCUUAGGAGAAGAGAGAAGACAAGCUGCCCAGCUCCUACACUGUCAGAUGCCUCUCUGCCCCUGGACAAACACCCUCUAACUUAAGGACGCACAGAAUCUUAGCAGUCAGAAAAUGGGUGAUAGGAUAAAGAACGGUUACAGAACCAUGGAUACCAUCCAGGUCCCUAGGCUUUCUCAAAAAAUGGGACUUUCACCUCCAGUGCCAUCUACUCCCUUCCCCACAAUGCUACUGCUCAUAAGGCCAGUCCUCCAGGAGUCCUUCCUGAGCUGUAAAACUAAUUGCCAGCAAUUUGAUUAAGUCACUAUCCAUUAUUUGAGUGGCAGAAAGAAGAGAAAAAAGAGCUUUUACUUUUAAAAUGGUGAUUAGAGCUCCUGACUCCCAAGCCCUGAAAGGAGAGACUGACCACUUGAGUCUGCCACUUUGCCUCUGCUCUGGGUUUAAACUUCAUCAGCAGAUCAAUCCAGCAAUAUAUAUGUAUAAAUAUAUAAAACUCUGAUUCAGGGUCCUUCUUCCUUCUGUGCUAGUUUAGGACCUUUUGAGGGAGAAACAGGGUAGGUUCUCCAGACUCCAGAUGGAGAGCAGCCAAGGGACCCUAGAGCACUCCAGAACUCAAGAUCCCCUUGGAUGUACUUCCUUUCCAGCUGGUACCCUAGAAGGGUACUCGAUGAACAGACAAGCCCAGAGCAUCUCUCUCCACUGAGAGAGAGCUUGAGAAUACCACAAUGUCCAGGGUAUGAAGGGUGUCACUGCCUACCAGAGGUAAGUACUCACUACAGGUAGCCGGAAAACCAUCUUGUGCUAGAGUUGCAGCUUUUUAGGAGGGGAAACACCGUAAUGGUGCAUCCAUCCAUCCAUCAGGCUUCAAACAUCUUUCAAAAGGGUCUGAAGAGAAUAGAUGAGCCCCCUCUACUCAUAGCUCAAUUUGGGAUCUCUACAUCCUGUAGUCUUCCAAGAAAAACCUUAACACAGCACCAGGGCCAUUCCAGAAGAGACUGAAUUGUACAAGUCUCCCCUUCCUUUACUCCCCUUAGCGAGCAACAUGACUCUAAGGGAUGUCUUGUCAGGGAGACUAGGAGCCAAUAGUGAAGUGGAGGUUGUGAACUCCAGGAACAAGUACAAGGAGACUUGACAUUUCCCCAAGGGGAAAGAAUAAAUGGGAUUAGGGUCUGGAUCCUGAAGAAGGCAUCCUCAUUCUCACAGGUCCAGUGAAAAGACCUGUACUCUAUCUCUACUGUCUUCCAGAAUAAAUGGAACUGGAAUAACUUGAGAUUCCUUAUGAAAAGGUAGAGCCUCCGCUAGAGAUAGCACUGUAGAUAGCUAUUGAGCAACAGUUCAAGCUGUAUCCAUUGGCACCCAGAAGCCUUUAGAGGCACCCCUUUGGCCUACAUCUCUCAAGUUCUGCCUUCUCAUAUUAAUGGCGGGCAGUUGAUGAUGGGAGAAGGCAUCAUAUAGGAAAGUUGUAGUUUCUUUUUUGCUCUUGGUGUUAACCCAGCAUAUGUGGAACUCACUAAUAGGAGGGUUUAUUGAUCAAAAAAUAUGGGAUGUUCCCUGAUAGGGUCUAGUUUUCCCAGUGAGUCUUUCUACUUCAGAAACCAAGAGCCUUCUUUGGCCUCAUUGGGCCCCAGCUCAGUGAUAUGACCUUUAAUUGGCAUCAGGCCUGCCUCUCAGGUCUCUUACUCCAUCUAAUUCAAACUCUCUGUUGGGCGCCUUGAAUUGUGGUCUCUGGUAUGUGGCAUUUCACUGCAUUCUGGGGAAUAUGAGGUGGAAGGGCACCUACCUCACCAAAAUAAAAUAGGUGAGGCAGUGAGAGCAUUUUGGUAUCUAUAAAAAGUGGACAUUGUCAGGAGGCAGACAGCAUCUUUUGUGUACUUGCUAAGAAGCUUAUCAUGGCAGCAGCUUUCCUCAGGAUUUCCCUGGGGUUGGAGUGGAAGGUGAGGAGAAUGCCAGAAAAUACUAUUUUCUGCAUCCCAUGCUCCCCCAAACAAAGGGCACAUUCAGGAGAGAUACACGUCCCACCCCAUGUUCCUAGGAGAGCUCAUGGGGGCAACUAGCUCAUCUCAGCUAUUGAGAAAUGCCAUCUUCUGCUCCUUCCAUCUCUAUUAUCCUGACCACCUUCCAGGGCAGGAUAUAGAACUGGGCUGAGACUGUAGGACAAGGUACUCGUGGGCUAGGUCUUGCACCACUGAGACUGAGCUCCAGAGGACCUAGAGAAGAUAUAUUUUUUCCCCUUACAUUUUCUACUUUGUGGUCUUUUUCUUUUUCCUUUUCUUAUACCAUGUUCACACCUUAUCACGUAAGCCUGACAGGCUUUUGCUCUCCUCUCUUUGGGAUGGUCUUUGGAGGGAGUGGCUCAUUUGAUUCUCAUUUGCCCUCUUAAUUGUCCCUUGCUCCCCUCAUCUCGAUGUUGGUCCUGGGCUGGACCAGUGUGAUGCAAAGGCUUCCAACUAUUUUACCCCUAUUUGGUACUCUGACAUAGGAGGCAUGUGAAUGAGGCUGACCUCUGCUCCAAAUCACUCUGCUUUCCUGCCAGACUCAAAGGGUUACAGGGAAAAUGGUCAAGGAACACAGAAGGGUCUCUUGGAAAGGAAGAGGAGGAAAUUGAUGUCAGUUGAUCCCACCGAUUUGUUCCAUGGACAACCGAACUCAGGGAGGGUGGGUGGGGUAGGAGAGGGGGGCCCUGAAAAUAGCAGAGCCCAGUGAGCACAGACCCUCCAACCAGCUGGGCCCUGAUCUCCAUCUGCUCAAAUGUGCUUCCACUGUCCAGAGAGGGAAAUCAAACCCAAGUUUUUGCUUGGGAAGAGCUUCCCAACUCAUUUAAUAGAGUUUUUCUAAUAAACCAAUAACUCCCUGA